AGCCAAUUGGAUAUACUAUAACCGUAAUGAAGAAUCACAAAGGGAUGCUAGGCAAAGAAAAAACUUCAAAGUGAAUAACUAGGUCAAUCAAUUGAAGUUAAAGAAGAAUCUAUGCUUUUAUUUAGGCUCUUUCAAAUCAUGGCAGUUUUUUGCUUAGAGACAUAAAAAAGGAUUUGAAAACAUGCAGUGCAAGAUAAAUUAAUUUCUGAGCUGUCAGAUUGAUGGAAACUUAGAAGAUCCAAUCACAACAGAACCGUUGAUUAAAAAUAUCAAUGAAAAUAAUGUUUGCAAGCGAAAACUGGCAAACGCAAAACAACAUAACAAGACAGCUGGUAUUAAUGUUUACACAUCUUUACAAUAAAGUUUGAAGAGGUUUCAACUGCAUUUCCGUGAAAACAAAUACCAGAAAGCAAUAGCAGCACGUUUUCCUGGAGAGAAAAGGUAUCCGUUGGCAGCAUUUGCAAAAAACAUUCAAGAAAGUAAACAGUGCUUGAAAAGAAAUGGGCAAAGAUCCUAACUUGUAAACUUUUGUCAAUUCCGAAUGCAGAACCACAGAGACACUGAUCUACACAUGUUUGUUACGAUUUAUUGAGCAGUUUGCACAAAAAAGUUUGCACGGAAAUGGCAGGAGGAAAGCAAGAAAUUCUGUACAAUAUUCUCGGAGUUGGAAUAGAUAUUUCAAACUUGGUGCUCAACUUUUCCCUUGUAUAUGCUUUGAAGAAGCUCAACAAACUAAGAAUCGUAUCUUAUUUGUUCAUUUUCUGGUUAAGUGUAUCAGAUUUCCUUGUUGGUGCAACUGGAUUACUUUAUCAUAUUGGAUGCAUUUUACCGAUUAAUAGCAAGAUUGCUUAUCUUCUUCAUGUACCAGUGGCGCUCUUUUUGCAUUGUUCUGGAUACCUCACAAUCACAAUCGCAAUAGACCGAUGCAUUCAUAUGAAGUUACUUAACAGAUACGGCAGUUUCAUGACAAUUCGAAAGAGCCACGUGAUUCUUGUUUUGAAUCCAAUUAAUGCAGCUGCCUCGCUUGUUUUCAAACACUUUUUUAAAGAAAUAUUUUUAUCAAUUUUCUUAAUUUUGUUUUUCUUUUUGUGCAUUGUAUACAUUUCGACGUACCUCUCAAUCAGAAAGAAUGUCAAAAAGAUUGAGCUUCAUUCUGGACUGAAGAGCACUGACUUGUCUCCACAACAUGAACAUCGCUGUGCUGAUCUUGUAAACGAUCACGACAACAUUGCAAAUGUCACGUGCACAAAUAACGUCAAUCAAUUGAAUGUUUUACCUAUCCAAGAAACACGUCUUGCAAAGCAGGAAGAGAAAGAGAAGAAAUGCUCUGCAAGAAAACAAGAUGUUGAAAUUUUUACAAUAUCAUACAAGGAAAGUAGAGAAAAAGCAGAAAAUGAUUGCCACAAGGCUGGAAUUAAGAAAAGAGAUGCAGUUGAAAAAUCGCAUUUGAACAGCAAUCGUGACACUCAAAAAGUCACUAUUACUAGGAACAGAAUGAAAAGGCCUGAAAACGAAUUUGGAAAAGCGAUGAUCUUUGUUUUAGCAGGCUUCACUGUUGCCUUUUUGCCAGUUAAUGUCAUUCGUUUGCUUCAAAUGCUGUAUCCAAAGUUGGUAGACUUUUCGUCGAUUAGAUACAUUAAUCUGCUGCCAAAUUGUUACGCAUCCUUAAACGCUGUGAUAUUUGUAAGCUUCAGCAGUGAUUUGAAGCGUUUUUUCCAGUCUCGUAUAAUUUAAAGGCAAUAAAUCUUUAUUGUGGGUUAUACGGGCAUAUGUACCUCUUUUAAAAUCUCAGCUCACGUCCCGUUUCUUAAUUUCCUUAACCUCCAUAAGACUCAAAACAAUAAAACGUUUGAUGGCUUUGUAUGUUUUAUUACCAUACUUAACAUUCACUAGCAUCUCACAUAGUUGCUUAAUUUGGAGAAUUUCACGCAAGAGUGGAUUUAUUUAACUCCCAAGCCACUUCUCAAGUUAUGAAGAACGGAUAGCGUCCCUAGAUAAUUGAUGAGAAAAGCAAUGUGCUACAAUUGUCACUUAUUUUGACUAACAAAGACUAUUACUCGCCAAAGUUCUUUAAAAGUCAAAGUGAGGAAACAAAUGCAUCUGUUCAUAUUGCAUUUGAUAUUGAUGAAGACAGAUUUUUGGAAUAAAUGAUUGGAAUUAAUGGCUAUUUACUUAUUGACUCAUUGGUGGCUUAUUAGUGACGGGUUCGGUCAUAGAGUGAUGGAGUCCUAUGAAAAAUUGCCUUCACGAAGUAUUGUUUAUUACGUUUUCAAUAUGAAGACAGAAUAUUCAUGAAAUUCAAAGUAGUAUUACGCGAAAUAAUAUUUAUUAGAUUUAAAAAUAUUAAACUGACAUCAUGGUUCGCUUACCAUUUUUCUGGCGUUCACAACUGACGUAAAAACUUAUUUGGAAGGUAGCUGUCACAAUGGGGUUGGUAGCAUUUUCUUCGGAGAAGGGAGAGGGGGGAGGGAGGGGAGAGAAGAAGAAUGUGUAUCAUCGAAACGUUGACAUUAAGUCCUGCUGAAAAUUCCAAAAAUUACAUUCAUUUCUGCCAAUCACUACUUCAGACAACAAAAUGACGUAAUGGAAGAUUAUGAACACCAGUUUGUACUUAUGGCUCAAAAAUGACCGUUUAAUUUUGUUCGAGCCUAAUCCCGUGUUCUAUCUUGUCUACUAGAUAGAAAUUAUCUUGUUGAGGGGGCAAGUCUAAAUUCCUACUGGUUAUGGCAAUCAUUCUAUCCAUUCGUCUAAACCAAUGAAAGAUGCAUUAAGUAAGCAUGCGCAUUAGUGCGAAGGCAAAAUUAACAAUCAAAGGCGCUCCACAACAUUUAAUCCAAACUGUUUUAUGUAACAGUUGCAUUUAUAAACCACAACUUAGUUAUCACUUUUCUCAUGGCAACCUUUUCUUUAAAUUUUCUUAGACUUUUUAUUUCAGACUGGCUAAUUUCCAUUAGUGCCACGAAUGUUCCUCCCACAGAAAUGUUCCUCCCACAGAGUAUAUUAUGUGGUUUAAAAAUAACGACAUUGACAUUAAUUGCGCAUGCGCAUUUGAAGCAAUGCCUUGAAUAAAGCGGCAUUCCAAACAGUUGUAAUUGUAUUUUGCUUAUACAUUAAAUCUGUCCUAAAAUAGCAAAAAGCUAAGGUUUGAAUACCAAAGUUACUUUUUACUCAUUUAUUUAUUUGUUUAUUUAUUUAUUCUUUUAUGUAUUUAUUUAUAAAUUUUU